AUGCGUCAGAGGGCCUACCGCACCCAAGUCCAUUGUGGAUGUUUGAUCGACACUUCGACGCCGGCCUCACUCGAGCGCGACUUUAAUGCGUGGCUUCAUUUGGCGUACCCAGUCAUUGACCCUGAGGCCGAGUCGAAACGGUUAGAAGAAGCCUUUGAUAAAGCCAGAGGAUGGAAGGAGGGCACGUCGGAAAGGAGG